GUCAGUUCUUCAGUGAACGUGCAACUGAUCGCAUGUGCUCUACAGGUGCUCUCAUCAAGUUCACAGCCAGUUUGUAGUGACCACAGUUGAGUGUGACUCGUUCAUCUUUGCCUUCGAAGUGCGCCGAGAAAAUGCAGAGACUGAUAGACGAGCGGAAGUUCGAUGGUAAGGAGGAGAAGCUGGAGAUCCAGGAGCCGGAUAUGGCUUUGUCCACGCCCAUGAGAGACUUCUUCCGUGGCAAGAAGGUCCUCAUCACGGGCGGAACAGGCUUCAUUGGACGACUCCUCGUGGAGAAAUUGCUCAGAGUUGGGGUCAGCAUGGUGUACCUGGUGGUGAGACCGAAGAAGGCCCAAGUCGCCAAGCAGAGGAUGGAUGAGCUGAGCCAGGGCGCAAUAUUCGAUCGCCUGCGCCUCCUGGAUCCCAACUUCACGGAUCGCAUCCACCCAAUCGAGGGAGAUCUGUGUCUGCCCGAUCUGGGACUCGAUCGAGAGAGCAUAGAGCUCCUGGAGGACAAUGUGGAAAUUGUCAUCCACGCGGGAGCCGAUGUGAGAUUCGACGAGACACUGGCGGCCGCCGUGCAGGUCAAUAUCCGCGGCACAAGAGAUAUUCUUGACAUGGCGGUGCGGAUGAAGAAAUUGGAGGUUUUUGUGUACGUUUCCACGGCGUACUCGAACUGCCCUCGGCGCGAAGUGCACGAGCAAUUCUACAGCCCUCCGAUGGAUCCCUACAAGAUGAUUGAGCUGGUGGCUCGUGUGGAGCGCGGGGAAAUCAGUGCGGAUGACUUGAGCACUCUCUCGGCAAAGAUUAUCAACCCAUGGCCCAACACGUACUCAUACACGAAGGCGCUGUCUGAGGGCAUGGUCAAGGACUACGGUGAAAGGCUGCCAAUUGCAGUUGUACGACCUUCCAUUGUGAUCGCGACCCACUCGGAUCCGUUUCCGGGCUGGAGUGAGAAUGUCUACGGCCUCAAUGGGAUUCUCGUGGCAUGCAGUCUGGGACUCUUGCGUGCCCUGUAUCUCCGCAGUGAUUAUGUGGGUGAUGUUAUCCCAGCGGAUUUUGUCUCCAACACUGUUCUGGCUGUGGCGUGGCUCACGACAAAGGAGAAGUCGGUUAAAGCCGAUGCAGAAGUGGAGGAAAAGGAACCCCAGAGAACAAAGAUCUACAAUUGCACCAGUUCAGCGGACAAUCCAAUAACUUGGGGCCUCGUAAAUGAUUCCAUGUACAAAAUCUACGAAUGUUAUCCACCUAAGCGCGGCCUCUGGAUCAAUUGCUUCACAUACACUCGCUAUAAGCUCCUCUACACCCUCAAUGUAAUCUUUUAUCACGUCCUGCCAGCGAUUCUGCUGGAUGUGAUCUUCAAAUUCGGUGGCAAGAAGCUGCGUUUGCUGCCGGUGUACCGGAAGAUUCAGAAAUUUACGGAAGCCUUGUCGUAUUUCACCACAAACGAGUGGAUGUUCUACAAUAACAACAUGAGACAUCUGUACAAGAGUCUUGCGCAGGAAGACUACGAGUAUUUCCCAUGCGACGUGAAGAAGAUGAUUUGGAUGGAAUACAUUCAUGACUACGGCAAGGGGAUGCGUCGUCACAUCGGUAAGGAGACGAUGGACACACUUCCCGAGGGACGCAAGAGGAUGUUCAGAAUAACAAUUCUGCAUAACAUCAUCAAGGGUCUCUUCUAUAUGUUCUGGGCGGCAGUUAUCUACGUGAUUCUGCGCUUCUACAGAAUCAUUGAUCCCAUCGACUUUUCAAUGUUCACAAGGAGCGAAUAAUGCGGCAUCAUCAGGUGGGAAAUGCCCUCCUUGAGUGGGGACUUGAGAGUCCAGCAAAGCCAAUCUUAAGUGUAUAAUUCUUGUUGAUGUUUUGAGCACUCCUGAGGCCGCCCCGUAAAAAUUCUCACACCAGCACAGCUUCAGGUUAUUCAAUUUAAUUAAGAGUAUGGAAAAUGUUGCUGCCAAGCAUCAGAGUUGAUGUUGUUGGCCAAAGGUAGAUAGAAUAAACAGAUUUCGGAUUUACCAUCGAGACUUUGUGGAACAGAUAGAAGACCCUUCGUUGAAACUUCUUUGAAAGCGUGAUAUCUUUUAUAUUUUAUCUCUCAACUAGGCAACAACUUUCGUCUACUUAUUAAGUAUCACAGUGGAACAUUUCGCCCCAAAAGUGUGGGUUUAAAAUUCGCAGCGUGUCGUUUUAAGGGUCCCCCGCUGAACUUGCACUUAAGCGUUAAUUUAUUUAGGAAGCUUUUAACAUAAGAGUUUUUCUUUUUAUUACACUUCUUCAUGCCAAUUAUUUAUAAUUCAAUUUUGUACACCUGAAUGCAUAAUGAGACACUCGAGGGAAUGAGGAUUAAAAUGACUUCGCGCUAAUUUGUAAUUUAUUUGUAAAAUACAUUCGACUAAAAUUUUCCAAAGGUGACUUGAACUAAUUUUUUUUUUCAUCUGACAAAUGUGAGUUAGAAAGGAGAUGAGAAUAAAGCGUGAGAUUUCC